CUUGCCUAUUGAACUUCUCAAAUGGAUAUUACCUGCAGUACUACUAUCAUAAAGACAUCACUUGGUGGUAUUGGCUUCCGUGAUUCUAUGUUGCCCCGCUUAGAGCAAUUUGUACAUAGCGUCAAUAUCAUUAAAGAGCAUACAUACAUGCUUGCACGAUGGAUAUUACUCCAUCAACUAGCUGACGAUGAUACCUUUGACCCUGCAACAUUUGUGAAAAAGGGAUUCUUUCGUUCCAUUUAUUUAUUCAUUUAUCACAACCUGAAGGCGAAGGCUGUCAUAUCUGCCGAGGAUUUCAUUAACCAGAAGGACAGGCCAGAACUGUUAAGCGCAGAUUUCUGUGAUGUAAUUAGAUACCACAUUUAUGAUUAUCUAUUGCAUAAUGGCGAUAUCGAGCUACAUGGCGUGCGCGAAAUGAAUCAGGUAGCGACAUAUGUGGAUACUGAGCUGAUGACAGCAUACAAGAACAACAUUGUGUUGCAGUAUGGCACUGGCUUACAGCGGAUUCUGACCAAAUUGAUUGAUACUCGCAGCCGCAAAAACACACUGCACAGUACAAUGGGCAAUGUGUCCAAGGCUGAGUUCAAUAACGCAUGUCAAGUGUGUAUUUAUACACCUGCACAGAAGCCCCGC